UAAAAAUACGGCCGAACAAGAUCGCGUAGUGCGGUUGAACGUGCGGGCAAGAUGAGUGAUUUCUUGAAAUCGGCCAUAAACUACUUCAAUGCGACACCUUCGAAUGGAUUGGACAACGAUUUCGUGGGCCAGACGGUGGAAGUGGCUAAUGUGAAGCUGCGUAUCAAACGUGUUAUAGCGGAAGGUGGAUUUGCGUACGUAUACGUGGCACAGGAUGUGCAAUCUAACACGGAGUACGCACUGAAGCGUCUGCUCGGCACGGAUAAAGAGGAGUGCAAUAAUAUUAUACGCGAGAUCAACAUUCACAAGCAGGUGUCUGGCCAUCCGAAUGUGGUAAAGUUCAUUGCGGCUACCUUCAUCGAUCGAACACAGAGCUCCAAUUCGCAGCGGCGAGCGGAAUAUCUGCUCGUGUCGGAACUCUGCAAAGGAGGCUCGUUGUAUGAUUGUCUGGAACAAGACCUCGCCCCGGAAACAGUGCUGCGGGUGUUCUACCAGGCUACGAAGGCCGUGGCUCAUCUACACAGUCAGCCGAAGCCAAUCAACCAUCGAGAUAUAAAGAUAGAGAAUUUCCUUAUCGGAAGCGAUGGGUUGCUGAAGCUGUGCGAUUUUGGAUCGGCAUCUACGGAUAGCUUCGCACCAGACGUAACGUGGAAUGCCCAACAGCGGGAUACGCUUGAAGACGCUUUAACACGAUGCACGACUCCAAUGUACCGAGCUCCGGAGCAGCUCGAUACGUGGGCAAAUUAUCCGAUAGGCAUCAAGAUGGACGUUUGGGCACUCGGUUGCAUUUUGUAUUGUCUUUGUUACCGCAAGCAUCCCUUCGAGGAUUCGGCAAAACUGCGCAUUAUAAACGCAAACUAUGCUAUUCCUCCGAAUGAUGCGCGGUACGCGUGCUUCAGUGAAGUUAUCCGUGGAUGUUUACAAAUAGAUCCGAAUCAACGUUUCGACACUGCAACGGUUCUGGAACGGUUGGCAGCAAUUGCGGAGACGAAAGGAUGGCCUUUGAAGGCACCACUAGGGCUGCUGGGGAAACCACUAAACUCCCCUCCUACAGGUAUGACACCAGCGCCUAGCCCAAGCCACAAUCGACCGAACGGUGGUGUAGUGCCGGAUCGUCCAGCACCACCUAGACCCGUUUGUCCACCCGGCGGUCCUGUACCAGUGUCCAGUGAUGGUUCGCUUAGAAACAAAUACCCUCAGCGUCCUCCGGAUCCAGUACGUCCGGUACACGCAAAUGCGCCUUCACUUCAUUCCGGGCCGUCGCCAUAUCCUGCACCUCAUGCUCAACAGAUAAGUCAGCCAGUUCCACCAGCAAUGGGAGGCGGUGGUGGACUAUUCUCCUCGAUUAAAGGAGGUGCGGGAAGCUUUUUGAAGAAUCUGAAAGAUACCUCUUCGAAAGUGAUGCAAACGGUUCAGCAGAGUAUUGCCCGUACGGAUCUGGACAUGAGCUACGUCACGCAGCGGAUCAUAGUGAUGCCUUGUCCAUCAGAGGGCAUAGAAUCGACGUAUCGGACGAAUAACAUUGAGGAUGUAAAAAUAUUCCUGGACAGCCGCUACCAACCCACGAAGUUGAGCGUUUAUAAUUUGGUCGGUCGGAAUAGUUGUCCACGAUUACCUCCUCCGGUUCGAACGGUAGACGCAGGUUUUAUUUAUGCACCGGUUCCGCCGCAGGGUGGUAAAGCACCUUUACUGACUGGACUUUACUCGCUGGUAGAGGAUAUUUAUGGAUUUCUGAGUGCUGAUCCGAAAACGGUCGUUAUUAUCCAGAGCCCUGACGGCGGACGUGCGCUUGCAGCGACAGUCGUGUGUGCGUUGUUGAUAUACGCCGCAUUGGUAACGGAACCGGAAGAUGCAAUGCAAAUGUUUGCUAUCAAGCGAACACCACCAAGUAUGCGGCCCUCCGAGUUGCGCUACCUCUAUUACAUGGGCGACAUUGUCCGGUCGGUACCGCACCUGCCACACUAUAAGCCGGUAACGCUAGUGUCACUUGCUGUGACACCAGUGCCGCGCAUGACAAAGGCACGCGAUGGUUGCCGAAUGUUUGUGGAGGUGGCGACGGCCGAUCGAACCGUAUUCUGUACGCUGCAAGAUUACGAACGAAUGCGUAUGUAUCACACAUCGGAGGGAAAAAUUGCGCUCGCGAUGAAUGUAACCGUUUGCGGUGAUGUUACGAUCAGUUUAUACCAUGCCCGCAAUGCUCUUGGCGGUAUGGGACGACCGCAGGGCCUUAAGAUAUGUCAGCUUCAGUUCCACACUGGCUUCAUCCCGGAGGAGGAAACAUUGAUAAACUAUGAUCGCACCGAGUUGGAUGAAGUUCCGGAUGUAGAGCAUGUGCCGCAAAAGUUCAGUGUGGCUCUAAGUGUAUUCGUGGGAGAUUCUGAGCGUCCACCGUCUGCAAACCCACCCUGGAGUACACCGAAGGCUGCGCGUGAUCCUCACACUCUGUUCGCUUCUCAGCUGGAAUAUGAAGAGAAUGUGGAUAACUUCGUCACAAAACCGAGCAGUAAGGGAAAGGGAGGGUUCGAAUCGUCUCUACCACAUAAACCUCCACCACCACGGCCGGCACCACCAUCGCCACAACCGAUGCAUCGAGUGCUGACCGAAGAUGCUCCUCGGAUUGGAUCCUCCGGAACUUCAUCCAGCGUUGGCAUGGAACAACAAGAGGCCGAUCUUUUAAGCCUGAACAAAUCUAGUCAAGGAAGACAGGCACAGGAAGAUUCGCCAUCCGUUCCGAAGAUCGAAGAAACGUACGAUCUACUUGGUGGACUGUCACCACCGGUAGUUUCAGGACCGACUGCCACUGAAGCUCACAUUUCUUCCAGCGGCCGAGGUACGACAACUUCAACUGCCGUGUUGGAUGAUAUAUUUGGAACACUUGACGAUGCAUCAGUUCCGAGUGGAGGCACACUGCCCAGCACCAAAUCGAGCAGCGAUCUAAAUGGAUUAAAUCUGAACUUCGAUCAUUUUGGUGGAGUAGCGCAACCAGCAAGUGGCGCUCCUUUCACGAAUGGAGGAGGACAAUCGGAUGCAACGGCAAGUAAUGCAAAUUACAGCUUUGGUUUUGAUGCAUUCGCUGGAGUCGCCCCACAAGCAAUCUACAACAGUGCUUCACAGGUACAACCUACGCCAUCCGUUCCACAGCAGCAACCAUCAUCGACUAGCGCUGGAUCGAAGGAUCCUUUCGCAGAUAUUGGUAAUUUGGCAGCGGGUCUCGGCGGUGGCAGUGGUGGCGUUGGUGGUGCUUCUGGUGUUUCCAGCGGUUGGGGUGGUAAACCGGGAACUACCCCAAGUCCUCGUUCAACACAGUUCUCCAGCCCAACACAUCAGUUUAGUGGAGCCAGCACAGCAAAUCCGUCACCGAGGGCUCCUUCUACGCCGAACCAUCAGAUGCGCAGUCCGAAUGAUCCGAGUCAAUCACAGGCUCGUCCCGACUACAGCAGAUCGCAUUUCGAACCACCGAAGAAUGGAAGCAAUGGAAAUGCCAAGGAUGUACCGAGUGGUACCCGAUCUGGAGACAUUUUUGGUGAUAUUCUUGGUCAACAAGGCUACUCAUUUGGGAGCACGAAAAACCAAGGACCACGAACAAUGAAUGAUAUGCGCAAGGAGGAGUUGGUGAAGGAGAUGGACCCGGAUAGGGUGAAACUGAUGGAAUGGACUGAAGGUAAAAAGAACAAUAUCCGUGCGUUACUCUGCACGGUGCAUACCGUGCUGUGGCCUGGUGCUAAGUGGACAAAGUGUGAAAUGCAUCAGCUUGUAUCGGCGGCUGAUGUGAAGAAAAUUUAUCGCAAAGCAUGUCUCGCCGUACAUCCCGAUAAGCAUACCGGCACGGAGAAUGAAAGCAUGGCUAAAAUGAUAUUCAUGGAGCUGAACAACGCGUGGACCGAGUUCGAAAGUGAUGCCAGCCAACAGAAUCUAUUCUCUAACUAAGAUCACACUGCGUUGGGUAGGUAAUAAUUUGAUAGUCUAAUACAGUGGUUUAAUUAUCCCCAGGCGAUCCCAGAAUGGACCGUAUGAAGUCGAAUAAUUCCCACUUUCUUGAUGCGUAAGUGUUUUCGAAACAUCACGCUACUCUCUUGUUUUAUGUUAAACAUUCGGAGUUUUUUAAUGCAUCGAACCCUGUGCAUGUGUUCCUUUCGUGUUAGAAACAUGGUUCGUUUCUUCCAGCGUAUCAUUGCUAUGUCUACACGAGCAAAGACAUUUUAGAAUUAUGUCAGACGCAACCGCAAUGUGUGGACCGGUCGGAAGGGGGCAAAGAACUGAAAGGCAAUGCUAGAGUGAAGCUAAUGUGAUAAUUUGUCCUUUCUAUUUUGUGUUUUACUUUUAACGAAAGUGCACUUUUAACAUCACGCCGUUUCAUCGUUUAAUUCACUAUUUAUGAACGUUGAUAAGUAUCCGCAACACGGUGCUGAUUAGCGAUCUUAAAGCAUGAAACGCAUUAGUGGAGUAGCUUAGUAGCAAAACGUACAGAAUGAAGCAUUAUUUUGCGACGCGUUGUUCGUGUGGCGAUGCGCAUUGAAUGAGUAUUAAAAUGUUAAUAUGUUGUAACAUUUUUAGUCAAAAAUCGGAAGAGAAUGAAAACAUCGCUUACACAUUGUAAUUGUUUGAAAAUAAAUGGUACCUAAGUUAAGGUACCAGUUACGCAAUGUUUAAAAAUUUUGCGUAAGUAAUAAACUUGAAUGACCGCUUAGAAUCGCGAGAAAAAUGAACGAGAUUAAUGCAGCAAAAUACCGCGUUAAAUAGAACGAUAGAGGUACGAUAUAUCACAAGAGUUCAAUUAAAAUAAUAAAACUUGCAAGCAGAAGCGAUAUGUGCAUCAUCAUGGGGAUUGCGAGGAAUAUAGAGGGGCAGUGGGAUAAAAUAUGAAAAUUGUAUGCAGUUACAGGAUGUGGAUUGUUACGUAUAUGGCGUCAAAAAUUAUGCAAGUAACCAGAUUAAAAUGAAUGUUAAUCCAUUAAAACUUAACAAACGGAGCUUAGCAAAGUUCCAGAGUGUAGCAGAGAUAGCAAUGAAUUGUAAUUUAAAUGAAAUAUUUUAGCAAUCUGCAUGCUGCUUGCCCACGUUGUUGAUUGUUCAUAACUAUGUGUAAUGUGUACAAGCCAGUAACUUAUUCCCCUACGCUAGAUAACGUGAAAUGUAAUACAAGUUUCAUUCGUUCAGAUAAACAUGUACAUUGUGUAGGAUAUGGGAUGGGCGUGCCGAUGUAGUUCACGUGGUGGGAAACACGGAUAUGUGCAUCGUGUGGUCCACAAUGACGCGAUUGCAUUGCGAGUGUCGAAGCUAGAAGAUGCUUUAGAAACGAGUGUCAGUAAGUAGCUGCAAGUGAAUCGUACACAGAUCUAUAGAGGAAGAUUGAAUUGGUAUUCGUUUUCAUUUAGUAUAAUGAGGGGAGAUUGUAUAAUGUUUGCGUUCUGUAAAACCACACGCUCCAAACUGAUGAUUUCA